GUCAAUUUACAUUCCAACCUCCGGUUCUUCUAUGUCCCGCGCUCUUCCUUCCCAAACUCAUGCAUUAGUCCUUCCUCCAUUCAUUCCCUAUCUCUCUCCCAAUUUCCAUUUCUUCAUGUGACUUCCGAUUUCACUUUCUGCUCUCAGAUCUCCAUUCCGCCAUGGAAAUGGCCUCCACCACUCCCAAAACCGUCGAGGAAAUUUUCAAAGACUAUAGCGGUCGCCGCGCCGCUCUUGUUCGAGCCCUCGCUCACGAUGUGGAUGAAUUCUACGGCCUCUGUGAUCCAGAUAAGGAAAAUUUGUGCCUUUAUGGACAUCCCAAUGAGACAUGGGAAGUGGUUCUUCCAGUAGAAGAGGUUCCACCGGAGCUUCCUGAGCCUGCACUUGGAAUUAAUUUUGCUAGGGAUGGCAUGAACAGAAAAGAUUGGUUAUCUCUAGUUGCUGUACAUAGUGAUUCCUGGUUGCUUUCUGUGGCUUUCUAUCUUGGAGCAAGGCUUAACCGAAACGAAAGAAAGCGUUUGUUUAGCUUGAUGAACGAUCUUCCCACUGUCUUUGAAGUUGUGACAGAACGGAAGCCUGUCAAAGAGAAGCCUAGUGUAGAUAGUGGAAGCAGAUCACAAGGAAGCGCGAAGAGAUCCAAUGAUGGGCAAGUGAAAAGCAAUCCGAAACUUGCCGAACAGAGUUACGAGGAGGAUGUCGAUGAACAUAGCGAAACCCUCUGUGGUAGCUGUGGUGAAAAUUACAGUGCAGACGAGUUCUGGAUUGGCUGCGACAUCUGCGAAAGGUGGUACCACGGAAAGUGCGUAAAGAUAACACCUGCCAAGGCUGACAGUAUCAAACAAUAUAAAUGUCCAUCUUGCAGCAUGAAGAAGGGCAGGCAGUAGAAACUAAAAUGCAGACGAAGGGCCAAAAAGUGCGAAUGCCCGGAAUUUAAGUGACUGAUGAAGCAUAGUAACAAUACUUCUAUAUGUAUGUAUGAAUUUUUAGUUUAUAUGAUCAUCUCUCAUAGGUGUUUUGGAUCCUGAAGUUGACCUAUCUCAACUGUAUCUACUUAUUUAAUUAUGCUGGUAUAUAUAUUGUUUACUUUAGGACGA